UCAGGAACCGAAGGAGCAAGCGGGCCGGCGCCAGGAUGCCGCUGGGCCUGAAGCCGACGUGCAGCGUCUGCCGCACCACUUCCUCGUCCAUGUGGAAGAAAGGCGGGCAGGGCGAGAUCCUUUGCAACAACUGCACGGGCCGUUCAGGGCCGGCCGCCGCUGGGGCAGCCUCCUACGCCAGCACCUCCGCGGCCUCGCAGCACAGUAACGGGGGCGGCGGGGGCGGCGGCGGGAAUAGCGGCGGCGGGAAGCAGAGUAAACAAGAAAUUCAUAGAAGAUCUGCUCGAUUAAGGAACACAAAAUAUAAAUCUGCUCCUGCUGCUGAGAAAAAGGUUUCCACUAAAGGAAAAGGGAGAAGGCAUAUUUUCAAAUUAAAAAAUCCCAUCAAAGCUCCAGAAUCUGUAGCCACAAUAAUUACAGCAGAAUCUAUCUUCUAUAAGGGAAUAUACUAUCAAAUUGGAGAUGUUGUUUCAGUGAUUGAUGAGCAAGAUGGUAAAACAUACUAUGCUCAGAUUAGAGGUUUUAUUCAAGACCAAUACUGUGAAAAAAGUGCAGCUUUAACAUGGCUCAUUCCUACUACAGCAAGCCCAAAAGACUAUUUUGAUCCUGCAACUUACAUAAUAGGACCAGAAGAAGAUCUUCCAAGAAAAAUAGAGUACUUAGAAUUUGUCUGUCAUGCACCUUCAGAAUAUUUCAAAUCUCGAUCAACUCCUUUUCCUACAAUUCCUACUCGGCCAGAAAAAGGUUAUAUCUGGACUCAUGUUGGACCUACUCCAGCAAUUUCAAUCAAGGAAACUGUUAGUAGCAGCUUGUAGUCUCUCUUCAGAAAAUGCUUUUAUUUAUAUUUUAGAUUGCCAUCUGACUUCUAUUUAUUGUUUAAAUUUCUGCCUUUGUCAAUUUUUCAUUUUUGAAGCUAUGUUUUCUUUCUCAAAAAAUAUGAUUUCAUCUAGAUAAAUGAAUAUUUUAAGUAUUUCUGAUGUGUUAAAACUGUGCCCUUACAUUAAGAUACUGUGUACAUAAUUUGUAUUUAAUUUGAUCAUCAGGCAGAGGGAUGGAGACAAGUAUUCAUUAAAAAAGUGAGCUGAAAUUACAGGAAAAUGGAAGAAAACCAUUUUAUCUGAUACAGAUAUAUCAGAACACUAUUUAAAAUGUUUAAUUGAAAACAUGGAAAAAAAUUGAUAUUUCUGUUGUUGCAUAUGUUCUGUAUUAUCCUUAUCUGAGAAAAAUAGUUAUAAAGUCUCCCUUACAGAAAAUCCAUGGUGAUUUUAAGAUAAAAUUAAGGUUUAAUUGUAAAAUUAAAAGCACGAUGCCAUUAUAAUGGGCACUUUAUUUGGUAAUGGCUUAUGCCAGAACUUUAAUGGGGAUUAUUGAACCAACUUUUUAUUCUUGUGAUGUAUUAAACAGGGGUCCCCAACCUCCUGUCUGUUCAGAAUCAUGUUGCGAAAGUGGUGGGCCAGCACAUGUAUGAAACUGCAUUUGUAAAAGUGUGUGUGCAUGUGUGAAGCCAUCUCCCUCCCCCGCCCCUCUGUCAGUCUGCCAAGCCAGAAAGAUUGGGGACUGCUAUAUUAAAGGAUAUUUUGUUGGUUCAUUCCAAGGGUAAUCUAGAGGCUUGGGGCAAUGUAAUUUUCUACUUCUUUAUCUUAAAUCUUUGUGGCUAAUAGAAAUGAGUAGGUGGAAGCUGGAGUGGUAAAAUUAUUGUUAAAAUAAGGAUACGUGCUAAGUAUCUUUUAAGAGACAGCUGAAUAGCUAUCCCUGAUGAUGUUCUAAUUGCAUCCAGAGCAUUAUUUUAAGUUCUAUCAAGUUAUAGUUAUUUGCCUUAGACACUGUAGUUCAGAAAUGCAGAUGGUUUGUUAAACUUGGAUAAUACAGAAACAUGAUGCAAAUAUUCUAAAUCAUAUAAUUUUGUCUUGGUAUGUUGUAUGUAGCCAUUUAAUUGUAGAUAAUUGAAAAACUAUGUUUAAAUUGUGGCCCAAUUUCAUCUUAUUUCCAUUUUUAUUUGGUACCAGGUUUAAUUUUAACAUCAAAAUGGCUUUUUAUACUGCUGCUACUAUUCAUAAACAGUUUUUAAGAAAUCCA